AUGCUGCCGGCAGACCCCAGCGAGGGCGCGGUGGGGCUCGCCUUGAUGCGGGGCCAGCUCCCGUGCUCGCUGACAGAGCCGCACGUCGCGUACAGAUGUCGGGCCCCGGCCUUCGACAUUGCGCCAGUCGCCGACCUGGAGCAGUGCCGCACCAGGUGUUUCGACAACGCGAAGUGCUCGGCCUGGACCUUCAAGCCUGGCGGAGAGUGCUCCCUCUUUAAGCUCGAGCAGGACGAGAUGCCAGAGAAGGACUUCCCCCCCGAGGCAUCAGAUGGUGUUAUGUCUGGUGGCUUACCCUGCGGAGGUGACUAUAUACGGCCUGCUGGGCGUCUCUACUGCUUUGCGCUGAUGAACCCUUCUGGCUACGAGACCGAACUGCUGCAGUACAUCAUAUCCCAGCAUACGAGGACACACUCUCUUGUUCGCGUGCGACACGGCGGAGGUAUUCAGCAAUAA